AUGAAGGAGGAUAUAAUUAAAUCUCUGGGUUUAUACUACUACACAUUUGCUGAUCUGAUGGAUCUGAAGGAUAAUAUACUGCAACUUUUGACAACUAUGGAUCCUUGUCAGUGUCAGCUUGACAGUUCGCUUAAUUAUGAACUGACAGCAGGAUACCUUAAUCUGGUUGUAAAUCUUAUUUGCCUGAUGAUUCUUCUCUCUCGCGUCGAUGAUCGUAAAUUAAUUUCGUCGGCGCUUUCGUCCCUUUCUCCUGUCUAUCUUCGUCGAAAUAUUACUGCAAAUACAUGGAGGAAUGCUCAAAUUCUCUCUCUUACGGCCAAUCCCCAUCAAAUUUUAUACGCAGCUCAAACGGAUACGGUUCUCCAAACUCAUCACGAAAUACAGCAGUUUUUCGACUCUAUAAAGGGAUAUCAUAAGCGAUCUCAGGAAGUCAAGGACUGUUUCUCGAUAGCACUGCAACAAAGGUAUUAUGGCUUCUUCGGCAUCUCAGUGAAUGGCCUUCGUCAAAUAAAAAAGGAAGCAAAGCAGUGUGAUGAGCUGGUGGAUCGUCAGCUACCUGAGCUUCUUUACUACAUGCUUGAGUUGAGGCAAUUAGUAACGAAGCAUAGCGAUUAUGUGAACGGUUACGAUGCCAUCAUGACUCGUGAAUUGGUGUCCGCCAUUGGCGACUUGAAUGAGGAGGACGCAACAAUUUUGUCCGAUUUUGCCACAUCGAUAUCCUCGAUUAAUUCCGACACCGACCUGCGAGCUCUGCGUCUGGACUGGUUCCGUUUCCAGUCCCUUGCCAUAUGUAACUCAAUCCUGGACGACGUAUGCCAAUCAAUUACCGACGUUGUGGGAGCAUUAUGCGAGUACGAGUUGCGACUGGCAGAGCAAACUUCUCCGAGUACUAUAGCCGCUCAGAUCGUUACUCAGAUGUUGCGAAGCAAGGGUAGCAAAAGCGCUGCAGCAGCUGCAGCUGCUCAAAAAGAUCCUAUACAAGCUGGAGAAGAAAGUUAUCGCGUGGAUCGGCAGACACUGACUUAUCCAGACAAGCUGCUCACUACUUUGAUCGAGCUCUGUGCGGGUGUGGGUCAGUAUCGUCAGCUUUUCAUAUCUGAUCACUUUUUCGCUCCCAGGGAAUACCUUAGUCAACACAUUGAGCACAAAUUCGUUGAACUCAUACUUGCUAUGGCAACCGAUUCCGCAUCUUCCACUCCUCGGAGGCCAUCUGAUCUUUUAAUGAUCAUCCAGUCUUACAUGACUGUCCUGCAGAAUAUUGAUGCUUGCGUUCCGUUGGAUAUAACGCGGCUGUUCAACAAUGUGUUGCUCCAGCAAACACAACCGUUGGACUCACGCAACAAGGAAACAAUGACCUAUAUUUACACAAAAUGGUAUCUGGAAGUGGUUUUACGCCGCGCAUCUGCUGGUCACAUGCUGUGGAGUGAGCAUUUACAAGCAAUGAUUUCAAGUGGUGAAGGAAACGACUUCGCACCGGAGCAGUAUACUGAUCCAAGAGAACUACGAUGCUUGGCUCAGAUCAUAGGCCCCUACGGGGUGAAGUAUCUUGCGGAGAGGCUAACUUGGCAUGUGGCCAGUCAGAUUGGCGAAUUAAAUAAGAUCGUUGUCGCCAAUAAGGAAGUGCUGCACACAGCAAGAACUCAGUUCGAUUGUAGUGAGCGCAUGAAGGAAGUUAUUCAAACGCUUUCUCAUGAACCAAAAGACAAGAAAGGAGCUGUGAGCUCACCUUCCGAUGCAAUUCUUCAACGAACAGCUAUAAUCGGCCAGAUAUUCAGCUUUAGAGAUGCGUUACAUGUUGCUUUGGAACAGGUUCUGUUGAAUCGUUUGCCCUUCCUGAUGUCUUCGUUUACCAACUUAUACUGCAGCAUGGACGACGCUGGAAAAUCGGCAUUGGGUGAGCUAGGCGCUGCCAUGGGUGUUCAAGGUCCUGUUGACGUCGCUCUAGCAAACGCUGUACGAGCCCAAAGUUUACAGAUUAACCCUGACGAGCACUACCAGAUGAGCUGUUUGCUGUUAGUAGCUAUAGCGAUUAGCCUACCAAAGCUCGCUCUUAUUGAGACAGCAACAUAUAAACCUAGUCUGCGUGCAAGUUUGAAUAACACUCACUGCAUUCCACUGGCUGUGAACACGAUUGCGGGAGCGUUGUUUCAUCACCAUGGGCGAGGUGACACACAUUUGAGAAUGAAGGAAUUCCUCGCG